GUGACACAAGAGCGAUCCUCAUUCGUAAAAUGAUCGUGGCCACCAUUCAGCUGCGUUAGGAGAUCGAGAAUUACGCGUGAAUUGUCGGUUCAUCCCUUUGUUUCUGUCGGAGCGCGUGUCUGGGAGCAGUGGAUGGCUGCGCGUCAGUUUAUGUUUUCACCCCACUGAUCUUUUGCAGACUGUAAUCUUCUCAGUGUCAAACCGAAGCUGCCUUUUCUUCUGGAGCGCAUCCCAUGCGUCUUUGGAUGGUGUUUGCUCCUAAAUCUGAACUAAGAAAAGAGCUAUUAUUUUAGAAAACUUUUCCAGCGAAAGAUUAAUUUUUCGAUUAAGUGAUUUGUGCAUUUAAAUGGGGUUUUAACAUGGAAAUCUGACUACAUGUACUUCUGAAGAUAAGAAAUGGAUCAUACAAGCAAAGAGAAAUGUAUUUUUUAUUUACUUUUUUUUGCACUUUUAACAUCCACCUUGUGUUUUGGUGCAAGAAGAUCAAGUGGUCGGAGAUCUGAUCGCCUGAGUCCUCCGUUAGACAUCCAGCUAGAGACUGUCAACUGUUCUGCCUUCAGUGUACGAUGGAAGAUGCCGCGAAGACACGUCAGCACCAUCACUGGAUACAAAGUUUUUUACACCGAGUUGAAGAACAGUCGUCCGGUUGCUACAACUUCCUUGAUGGAUGUUCCUCUCAGCUUGGAAAUGCUGACAACUGGACAAUUCGAUGGACAAGCAAGCUUUGAAGUGGAUAUUGGUAACCUAAAAGUUAACACAAAGUACAGAGUCAGUGUCGGAGCGUAUGGCUGGGCAGGGGAGGGUAGACCGAGCAUGCCCAGAGAUGUCAGCACCGCUUCACAUGAAAUGUGCAUGCCCCCUUCACCCCCGACUCAACCUGUUGUCAUGGCCGUCUCGGAUACAGAGCUAGCGUUGUCGUGGCAGCAAGGAGAGACUGAGGGAAGUGCGCCUGUUCUUCACUUCCUUGUGGCUUACAUCAGGCCAGAAAUGGACACAGAGUGGACGUACAUUCGGGAACCCAUUGAGACCAACUCCAUGGUUUUAAAGGGCUUAAUUCCAGAAACAGAGUACCAGUUUGUUGUCAGAGCUGUAAACAUGCAUGGAGUCAGCCCACCAAGUCGUAUCAACAACCCUGUGCGCACGCUUGGUUCAUCAGAUGUUGGCAGUGGAGAUAUUGGCAGUUACUUCACAGAUUCUAAAUUCAAAGAUGAAGAUGGACUCGACAUAGAUGACUCUGACUAUGACAUAUUUAUUGAAGAGCUAAAGCCUUUCCCAGGAAUUGGACAAGACAAUUCCAAGUCCCAACUCCGUUCACACCCUGGUCCAUCAUCUGGUCAAAAUGUUGUUUAUCGAAUGAACACUGGAGCUUUUCCAAAUGUCACUGACCCAGCAGUUUCCACCACAGCAUCCAUCUUCCCAGACUUUACGGAUCUGCUUUUCUCAGUCACUACAGAGCCCCCCCAAACCACAACUAUCAUCCCUCCGUCCACUGACAGUUUCCCCUCGUCCACCACUACCGGCACCACAACCUUCUCCCCCUGGGAAGGUGAGGUUCCUCGCGUGUACGACCUGACCUGUGACGAUACCGUGUGUCCGCCUGACAGCUUCUGUCUUGGUGACUAUGACAGUGGCGGCUCUCGCUGCCACUGUAACCUUGGCCGGACUGGAGACACUUGCUCUGAGGUGAUUACAGUAAACUUCCCCAGGUUCUACGAAUACUCUCACAUGACCUUUGAACCCUUGAAAAACUCUUAUCAGACUUUUCAGAUCACUUUGGAUUUCAAGGCAAACUCUGAAGAUGGAUUGCUGCUGUACUGUGGAGAGAACGAACAUGGCCGUGGAGACUUUGCUUCACUGGCUCUGAUCCGAGGCAAAAUUCAUUAUAGGUUCAACUGUGGCACCGGAGCAGCUCAGAUAGUCAGCGAGAGUCAAAUUGUUGUGGGUCGGUGGCAUACUGUGACUGUUUUUAGAGAUGGCAUGAGUGGAUGGCUUCGUCUGGACAACGACACCCCCAUAUCAGGGCGCUCACAGGGUCAGUACACUAAGAUUACUUUCCGCUCGCAGUUGUAUUUGGGCGGAUCUCCGAGUACUUACUGGCUGGUUAGAGCAACAGGUACAAAUCGGGGUUUUGAGGGCUGCGUUCAGAGUCUGACCAUCAACAACAAGGUUGUAGACCUCAGGCCAUGGCCUCUCGGCAAAGCUCUGAGUGGGGCUGAUAUUGGUGAAUGCAGUGACAGUGUGUGCAACCAGGUCAGCUGUGCUAACGGUGGUGUCUGCUUUGCAAACCGUGCUGAUGGCUACAUCUGCCUCUGUCCACUUGGCUUCAGGGGACUUCUUUGUGAGGAAAGUUUCUUGCUGUCCUCUCCCCUUUUCAACGAAACUGUAUUUUCCUAUGCUGUGAUCCCGUGGCCUCAGCGCCCCCAGAACUACCUUUCCUUCAUGGAGUUUGAGGUGACAUUUUGGCCAUCCACGCCUGAUGGGGUGCUGUUGUACAGUGAUGAUGCAGCGAGUGGAGACUUCCUGGCUAUAAAUAUAGUGGACAAAUAUGUGGAGUUCAGAUUUGACUGUGGCUCUGGAGAAGCUGUCAUUAGGAGUGAUGAGCAGAUCAGUCUGGACUCAUGGCACGAGCUGAGAGUGACUCGCACAGCAAAGAGCGGCAUUCUUCAGGUGGACAGCCAGAGGGCGGUAGAAGGAAUAUCUGAGGGAGCUUUCACUCAGAUCAACUGCAGCUCACCUCUCUAUAUUGGUGGAGUGCCACAUUAUGACAAAACUAAAAGGACGGCAAGAGUAUUAAAGCCUUUCACUGGAAUUAUUCAGAAGCUCAUUCUCAAUGACCGGACCAUCUCGAUCACAGCUGGCUCUGCUGGUGGUGUAAACGUAAUCAAUUCUGCACAUCCAUGUGUGGAUAGUCCCUGUGCCAAUGGAGGGACCUGCAGGCCAAAGUGGGACGGAUAUGAGUGUGACUGCCCACUAGGGUAUGACGGGCGGCACUGCCAGAAAGAAUGUGGGAAUUACUGUUUGAACACUGUGACUGAAGCCAUAGAGAUACCACAGUUCAUUGGCAGAAGUUACCUGACCUACGACAACAGAGAUAUUCUUAAAAGAGUGUCUGGAUCGAGGACAAACCUCUUUAUGCGUUUUAGAAGCACAGCCAAAGAUGGCCUGUUGCUGUGGCGAGGAGACAGUCCACUGAGAUCCAACAGUGACUUUCUUUCCAUGGGGCUUCAGGAUGGGAAUAUCGUCUUCAGUUACAACCUGGGCAGUGGUGUGGCUAGCAUUGUUGUCAAUGGGACCUUUAGUGAUGGAAAAUGGCACAAAGUCAAAGCUGUGAGGGAUGGCCAAUCAGGUAAACUGACAGUUGAUGAUUAUGGUGCAAAAACAGGCAGAUCCCCUGGCAAGAUGAGACAGCUGAAUAUCAAUGGACCCUUAUACGUUGGGGGCAUGAAGGAGAUAGCUCUUCACACGAACAGACAGUACUUUGGAGGGCUGGUGGGGUGCGUGUCCCACUUCACGCUCUCCACUGACUAUCACUUGGCUUUGGUGGAGGAUGCGGCUGACGGGAAGAACAUCAACACUUGUUCUAUCUGAAAAACUCUUCAACAAGGUCAAGGAUCCAUUUACAGCUCAACCUUCAACGGGAUGUCUGAUCUUGAAUGUCACUUGCCCCCCCCAAAUCACCAAAAAACCCAGAGAACUUUUGAAAUGUACUUUGUGAUGUGGUUCCAGCUUAAACUAAAAAAAAAAAAACUUUCACUUUGGGUUCAGAACCUUUUUGGAAUUGGUUCUGCAGGCAUGGUUUACCUGCAAAGUUGUUUUUUUUUUUUCAUACUAAAUUUGUUUAAAAUUAAGAUUUUCUAUCUAUGACUAGAGUAUAAAAUAAUGACUUUAGAGGAUGUUGCAUUGCAAAAAGUGCUUUCAGAAAGGAAAUUCAAAGCUGGCAAAAGGAAAACAAGAUACGAAAAACUCUUGAAGGACUUUUUUCAUGGGGUGUUUUUAAUUUUAACUGUUCAUUUUCUACUGUAAACGUAUUUUGCUGGAAGAACCGAAUGAUCCAAAGGAUCAGAAGAACUUGACUUAGAGCAGCAUACCGAGACCCUUCAUACAGAAUAGGUUCUGCUUUAUCACUAGAAAAUGUUUGUUGGAUUUGUUGUGACAUUUGUAUUGUGUUUUUAAUAAUUUUUUUUUCAGACAGUAGAAGAUUUAGUUUUCUCCCGUCAGUUUUGUUGAUGUCUCAUUUGGAAGGAAGAUUAGCUGCACCUAGAGUUUUUCUUUCCUUUAGGUUUGUUUUUCUUGUAUUUAACAUUCGGUCACAUGAAUGUCUGCUGCUCACGUGGUGAGGAUUAAAUCUUUGAAAAACUUGUG